UCCGGAAUAUCGGAUGGAAUUCGGUCAGAAUUAUCUAGUGUUGACCCUGGGAGGAUACAAGAAGAAAGAUGUUCCCAUAUUUCUGUGAUUUUGUAUAACUCACCUGUUGUAGCGUGAACUCGUCCGCAGGUGCGAGAAGGUUCAGCCAUGGGAUUUCGCCAAGUGCUUCGACUUGUUGCUAUUCUGGCGUGUUUACCGCUUGGCCAAGCUUGUCCUCAGUUCUGUCAGUGCCCGGGUACCAGUCAGACGGAAGUCAGGUGCCAGCAGGCGGAAAUGAGAGACAUCAUGAGUGGGUUACCUCCCAAGACUUAUAAGGUGGAGGUGAAGCAAACGUCUACAAACUAUCUAACUCCGAUCCACUUUAACUCCUCCCACAAUCUGAUUGAGCUGGAAAUUUACGACGGAUACAUUAACGGGAUAGAAGACAAAACGUUCUAUCUUCUGAACAACCUCCAGAUCCUGAAUCUGACCAACAACCACCUCAGAAUGAUCUCCAAAGACGCCUUCCUAGGGCUGAACCGCCUCACAAAGCUAGACCUGUCCCACAACAAUAUUCAGAGCAUCGACGAGGUCUUCUACAGCGUGGACAAGUUACAGACGCUGUACAUCAACAGCAAUUCCUUGACAGCCAUUCCGAGCAAGGCUUUCCAGGCCCUCACACAGCUACGCUACCUUCAGCUGGACAGAAAUGAAUUCCAGAGUCUGAUUGGAAACCCCUUUCAGGGUCUCUCUGUCUCCCUACAGAUGCUGUUCAUGAGGGGGUGUGGCCUAAACUCCAUGUCCAGUGUCCUAAGUCUUCGUUCCUUGAAUCUCCUCGACUUGGGAGAGAAUUCUAUAUUUGAGAUGCCCUCCAAUUCUCAGCUUCGCUCGUCCUUUCCGAACCUGCGUAGUCUUUACUUGGACCACAACAAGCUGACUCGUCUCGCCGAUGGUCAGUUCUCGGACAUGAAUCUUGACACACUAGAUUUAGCUUAUAACCAGCUGGAUCAAGUAACCAAUACCUUGUUCAACAGAUUUACAGUACAUAACUUGAAUCUAUCCAGUAAUGUAAUUAUCAACAUUGGAGAAAAGGCAUUCCAGCUCACAAAAUCAGUGGAAAACCUAAAUCUUGCCCAUAACCCCAUCGGAGCACUCUCACCAAAAGUGUUCCGUAAUUUGUAUGCUUUACGAGAGCUGAACCUCUCAGAAUGUGCUUUAAACGGUUUAAGUGAUGAACAGUUCAGGGAUAUUUAUCUGAUAAAGUUAGAUAUUUCUCGAAAUUCUUUGCCAUUUCUCUCCCAGGGUCUUCUGGAUCACUUGACAAUGAUAAGCAAAUUCUAUAUCAAUGGUAACCCUUGGCACUGCGACUGUCGCAUAGCUCCACUUAAGCUGUGGUUGGAGCAGCCCUGGCGGUGUAAUGCAAUGAUGAACCCCGCGGAGUGUCAGCCUCCCACAUGUAUGUCCCCCGACACACUGGCUCAGCGACCUAUCCUCGGUCUGACGGAGGCCGACAUUGACACCUGUCAAUCAUCACAGCUCUCGGCGUCCACUGAUAUAGGAAUGGUGGUGGGACUGGCUGUAGGGGGGGUAUUCCUGCUCCUAUUUGUGGUCAUCAUCAUCUUUAUACUCUGUCGGCGGAGACAAAAUCAAAACAAACCAGGAGGACAAUUUCAUAUCUGUAGGUCUCCUGCUUCUGACGUUACGAGUCAUAAUGAGGAUUUUGAGAAAUCAUCGCAUCAUCAUAUCAAACCUUUCAAUGAUGGAGAUCAAGUGUCCAUCGAGUCAGACAAAAGCUUUGUUGUAAGGCAUUUUUUUGAGACAAUGGUGUCCACUGACCCUAGUGGAAUGUCAAACCAACCAGAAAGAAUGCGGAGGGAUACAUUUAGGACUACAUACAGUGGUUCUAAUCCCUCAUUGGCUAGCUCUGCCUAUAGCUAUCCAAUCGGAAGAGAGACAGCAAUUUAAUGUUUAGCGAUAUUUUCACGUUUAAAUAAUCAAGAUGUCAUAUAUUUUUUUUGAUACUGAUUUGAAUAUUGCCCCAUAUUGGGAUGUGGUUACAACAGGGAAGUCUGUGGACUUCAUUUUGUCAAACAAAUCAUUGACAAACCCAAAUUUAACAAAUGUACUUAGCAAAGACACAGUUCAACAAAAAUGUCAAAUUCUUGACAUAUAUUGUAAACCUAGCUAGUACAUAUUUACUCAGUGCUCAUACAUUACAUUACUAAUAUUGUAAUGUACAACAUGUACAUAGGAGUUUAAACUGAAUGUUUACAUUGUUAUUUUUCACUGCGCAAGUUUAUACAAUUGUCAAUUAUUUUUAUUUACAAUGUGUGCCAUGUUACAAAUUUAGUCAUGUAAAAAUUAGGGAUUCUCUGUACAAUAGUAAAAACUGUUGCAUAAUAUACAAUAUGUUGCAUAAAUUAAGGCGUGCAUUUCAAGUUUAUCUACCUCAAUUUCAAAAUAGGUUAUGUGCCAUUUCAACCCGAAAAAGUUGUCAUAACAAAAAACAACUUAUCAGUUAAACUUGCUCUUACUUAAUAAAAUAAGGAAAAUGCAGUCAGAUGAAGUUUACAAAUAUGUUUAUGACUUGGUCUUAUCUAAAGCUCAGAGUGCUUUGAUUGCAAUUUCUGACAUACACUAAGUGUAACAGCUUUGUUUUCUCUAUUUUACAUAUGCAAUGUAUAAAAUGGAAAACUAUGUUAAUUUCCCAAAACCUAAAAAUUGUAUAGAGGGUCCUUACGAAAUGUUUGCUAUGCUAAUGUUAUGAGUUGCGAGAGUCAUCAAACUUUUUCUCUAUUUUUGUAGUCUUGUGAAAGUUUAGCUGUGGUGCUUACUUAAUUGAGACCAUAUCUGUCUAUCUUACACUGUUUGUAAACUAUAUAGAUAAUGUUUGAACAUAAAAGGUACAUAUCAUUAAGAUACUCUUACCAUAACCCACAACUACAAACAACUAAAAAUACAGAAUUUUUGUCUAUAUGAUAAAAAGUGUCGCAUUUGUAUUAAUGUAGUAGAAAUGGUUUUUUGCAGUCAGAAAAUUAUUUUCUUUUUAAAAAAUACCAAUUGUUAGCCAGUCCAUUUUUUUUCUUUUUUUUUUUUUUUUUUUUACAAAUUUUAUGCUUUCAUAUUAUAAGUCAUGUGAAAUAUUCAAAAUAACAUAUAAAAAAAUUUAUUUGGUAUUUAAACAAAGUUGUCUGUUUCUAUAAGAAUAAAAUUUCAAAAUACGUAA